AUGACGACUGAGUGGACUCCUUCAUCGUGGCGCCAAUUCCCUGUCAAGCAGCAAGCUCCGUAUCCUGACGAGAAGGCGCUCAAGCGAGCGCAUGACAAGUUGAAAACGCUUCCUGGACUGGUGUCUGUGCGAGAGAUCGAGGACUUGAAGACGCAGCUCGCGGAUGUGGCGGCGGGCAAGCGCUUCUUGCUGCAAGGCGGAGACUGCGCCGAGCGGUUCCAAGACUGCCAGCCCGAGUUGAUCGAGAAAAAGCUCAAGAUCAUGAUCCAGAUGAGUCUCGUGCUGGUCUGGGGUGCGCGUAUGCCUACGGUGCGUGUGGCGCGUAUGGCUGGACAGUUCGCCAAGCCCCGGUCCAGCGACACGGAGAUGCUGGACGGAGAGAGGGACCAGCGCACGCCGGACCCGAACCGACUGCUGGAGGGCUAUUUCCACAGCGCAGCCACUUUGAAUUACGGUCGUGUGCUGGUGAGCUCGGGUAUUGCGGAUAUCCACGAUGCCGGCAAGUGGGAUCUGGACUUUGUGCAGACCUCGUCCCGACGUGAAGAGUACCAGCACAUGGUGAACGAGAUCACGGACAGUCUCCACUUCGUGCACAUGUGUGGGGUUGGCGCUGACUCGCCGCACCUGAAAACGGUGGAUCUCUUCGUGUCGCACGAAGGUCUGGAGCUCGGAUACGAAGAAACGAUGACUCGUAAGGUAGACGGGAAGUACUACAACGUGGGCACAGACUUUUUGUGGAUUGGCGACCGUACACGUCAGCUGGAUCACGCUCAUAUCGAGUACUUCCGCGGUAUUGAGAACCCUAUCGGUAUUAAGGUCGGCCCCAGUAUGGCUGUGGACGACCUGGUCCCGUUGAUCCGUAAGUUGUGGAAGGACCCGGAGGCCAAUCCGGGUAAGAUCACUCUAAUCACGCGUUACGGAUGCGAUAAGGUAUCGGAUGUACUCCCUAAACAUAUCGCGGCAGUGAAAGCUGCAGGUCUCAAGGUGAUCUGGUCGUGUGACCCGUGUCACGGCAACACUAUUGUGGCUGAGAAUGGCUACAAGACGAGACCGUUCGACCGCAUUUUCGGCGAAUUAGAGCAGACGUUGGAGAUCCAUCGCGAGGCUGGAUCGGCACUUGGCGGUGUCCAUUUUGAGCUUACGGGCGAGAACGUUACCGAGUGUAUUGGGGGCCCGCAGGGGAUCGAUGAAGGCGACCUGCCACUACGUUACACGAGCUACUGUGACCCUCGACUGAACUACUCGCAGAGCAUGGAAGUGGCCUUCUUACUGGCUAAAAAUCUGUCAGUUGCACACGACUUGGCUCCACUGAACGAGAAGUCCAAGCACCGCAAGCGCUCGAUGGAGAUUUCGGACCCGUCCAAGCGCCUUCGUGCUGAUAAGUAG